CUUGUGUUUAGAAAAAAAAAUUAACUGAUAUGAAUCUCCUGGGUUAUUCAGCGUUCUGCGCACUUCUAUUGUUGGCGAACGCUGAAGAAAAAUCAUCCGACUCAACCGCGAAAUCAGCAGAAUCUCAAACCAAGGAAAAGCGCGGUUUAGAUCUGGGAUACGGCGGCGGAAACGAUUACGGAGGCGGUGAUUUUGGCGGCGGUGGAGAUUAUGGUGGACACGCUUACUGGUCUCCACCAAGUUGGACGUAUGGUGGAUAUUCAGGUGGUGGAGAUUAUGGUCACCAUGAACACAAAACCGUUACAAUUGUCAAAAAUGUGGCAGUACCGUACCCGGUGACUAAGGAAGUUCCAGUGCCAGUACAGAAAACUGUACACGUGCCAGUUAAAGUACACGUUCCUCAGCCCUACCCAGUCGAGAAGAAGGUACACUACCCCGUUAAAGUACCAGUAAAAGUAACAGUACCUAUCCAUAAGCCUGUGCCCGUCGAAAAAACCGUACCGUACCCAGUCAAGGUGCACGUGGACCGACCAUAUCCAGUCAAAGUGUUAGUUCCACAACCUUAUCCAGUAGAAAAAACCGUGGCGGUACCAUACAAAGUACUAGUACCUCAACCUUAUCCGGUAGAAAAAGAAGUACCAUAUCCGGUGAAGGUACCGGUUCACAUCCCCAAACCAUACCCAGUAGAAAAGAUCGUUCCGUAUCCGGUGAAAGUACACAUCGACAGACCUUAUCCCGUACACAUUCCUCAACCAGUACCGGUUCACGUCGAAAAGAAAAUACCUUAUCCAGUUUUUAAACCAGUUCCCGUACCAGUGAAAGUACCAGUAGACAGACCGAUCCCCUACCCCGUUGAAAAACCACAACCUUAUCCAGUCAAAGUACCAGUACCGGCACCGUACCCCGUAGAAAAACACGUUCCAUACCCGGUGGAAAAACCAGUACCGUACCCGGUUAAAAUCCCGAUAUUCAAUCCGGUACCGUACACCAUCGAAAAGAAAGUACCUCACGUUGUCGAAAAACCGGUACCGGUUCCUGUUAAGGUUCCCGUUCCAGUUCCGGUGAAAGAGCAUCACCAUGAGGAAAUAAGCAGUGGACAAGAUUAUGGCGGUCACGAAUCCGGUUAUGAUUUGGGCGGCGGGGAUUAUGGCGGCGGCGAUUUCGGCGGAAACGAACACGGCUACCAUUAGUGAUAAUUAAAUUUUAGUUUUUGUACUGUUUCUAUCAGUAUUACUGUACGCUGUCUUGUGAUCUUUUGUUAUUAGAAUUAUAUUUUUAUAUAAAGUUAUAUUUAUAGAAAAAAAA